AUGGAUGUAGCACCCAAUUCUACAGCUUCAGAGGAUUCUAAUGCUACCCCUGGCUUGACAAAAAACGAAGAACUCGCAUGUCCCGUGUGUAAUGAAAAGACGGUCGAUCUUUUGCAACUGAACAACCAUCUGGAUCGCACCCAUGGCUUUGCUGAAGAACCAGACCAGGAUGAGCUAUUACAGAAAAAUGAUCACCGUUUUGAUGGCACCAAACACAAAAGUAAACCUUUGGCAGCAAAAACCAAAUUCACGUUGAACAGAAGUCAUUGGAUAGAACCACACACGAAUCAUAGCCGGUGCCACAAAUGCUGCGCUAAACUGAAUCGUUCAACAGGUCACAUAAAUUGCAGAAAAUGCGGAGAGUUAUUCUGUAUAAAGCAUUGUCAAAACGUCAUCAAAUUAAACGUAAACGCAGAGUACGAUCCGAGAGAUGGAAAGUGGUGCCGUUGUUGUCAACAAUGUGCACAGGAUAAACCGGGCUAUAACGACUUUGCAAGCUUUCGAAGUCGGACCAGUGAAUUCAAGAAACUUCGAAGCUCCAGGACCGAAGAUCGUCAGCUGCAAUUCUUGCAGCUGGAAAACCGCUUUGUCAGGCUUAUGAAUGGUAUUCUACGCAUCAACGCAAGAUACCAAGGCUCUAUGCUGGCAUCGUUUAAGAUCCCCAUGGAAAUAUCCCAACUUGAAAGAAACGUGGUGCCGUGGACCCCAGAUGAUCUUGCCAUUGCAUGCACAUCCUGCAGGAGACAGUUUGGUCUGACCUUGCGCAAACAUCACUGCAGGCUUUGUGGGAAACUCGUUUGCGAUAAUGCAAUAACGAAAUGCUCUAACAACAUUCCAGUGACCAACUUGGUGAACGCUGCUUCCGAUCUCCCGAUAGCUAAACCCGCAGAUGCUGCUAGUAUCGAAACAAGCAUCCGGGUUUGCUCCUCGUGUGUCCAGUCCCUGUUCCGGAAACGGAAGUUCGAAAAGGAGCUAGCGAUGCCGUUGUCCAUAUUAUUCCAACUUUACGAACGUAUGAGCACCAUUUCCUCUGUCGUUCUCUCAAUCGUUGCCAAUUUGGAAGAAGCAUCGCAAACUAAUUCUAGUUUAACAACGCCAGAUCCCUCGGAAGUUGCCAAACUAUCAAAGACUAGACGCAAGAUGGUGGAUUCUUUCUCCACCUAUGACCAGCUUACAAAGCAGCUUCUGAGACUAAAACCAAGAAAUGCAUCAGAAGGUAGAAUUCAAAGUGCUAUCAUUUCCAGGGCGUCUUCUUUCAUCCAGGAAAAUAUGCUCCCUUUAGGAAGAUUGACAGCAAAGUUAACAUCCCAAUCGCCUUCACCGGGCUCAUCGCAAGAAAGGAAUUCAGAUAAUUCUAAUAAAGACUUAAGCAUCAAAGAAAUAAAAGACUACAGGACUCAACUCAUGGUUAUCAAAGAGCAAAAGUUCCUGGUCGAGGAUAUGAUUGCUACAGCUACAAAACACCGCAAAUUCGAUGAGGCUUUGGUCUUGAGUAAGAACUUGGAGGAGUUGAAUCUACAAGCAGAUGGAUUGACCAACUUGUUGGGCGGUGAAGGUUUUAGCUAG